AUUACAGAUGACAGGAGGAGGAAGAGGAGAGAUAAAGCUGAGGAUGCAGGUUUGGUCCACAACACACAACCUCCCCACUCGCACCACACAGCAAGAGCGGCUACACCUCGGAGACAAAUAACUUCCAUCAGCUGACGACGAGGAGAUGCGUCCGCAAAAGCUUUGAUUCGACCCCUUCUACAUCCUCCUCCUCCUCCUCCCAUCUUUAGCGCGGAGCAUCCCGCACACUGGUUUCACUCCGACGGGCAGGCAGACAGGCGGAUUGACACAAGCCAGACACGAUGUGUGGAUCUCCCCGCCAUGGGACAGCCGUGGGAUUUAUAGUGCUGCUGAACGCGCUGCUGCUCGCGACGCAGGCUGCAGAAGGAGUCCUCACGGACCAUCUCCUGGUUCAGCUGCACGAGGGCGCACAGGACGAGGCGCACCAACUUGCAACACAACAUGGGUUCCACAGUGCCCGCAAGCUUUCCUUUGGAGAGGGGCUCUUCCACUUCUAUCCUCAGGACACUUCAAAGAGGCGGAGCAAACGCAGUGCUCGCAGCAGACAGCGUCUCCAAAAAGACCGCAGGGUAAAGAAUGUCGUUGAGCAAGAGGGUUUUGAUCGUCAGAAGCGAGGCUACAGAGAUAUCAAUGAUAUUGAAGUCAACAUGAGUGACCCUCUAUUCACCAAACAGUGGUAUCUGAUAAACACGGGCCAGGCAGACGGGACCCCUGGGCUGGAUCUCAAUGUGGCUGAAGCUUGGCAACUGGGCUACACGGGCAAAGGAGUUACCGUCGCCAUCAUGGAUGACGGAAUCGACUAUCUACAUCCCGACCUGGCAUCAAAUUAUAAUGCCGAUGCCAGCUAUGACUUCAGCAGCAAUGACCCGUUCCCAUUUCCCCGGUACACAGACGACUGGUUCAACAGUCACGGCACACGAUGUGCUGGAGAGGUCUCUGCUGCAGCCAACAAUAACAUCUGCGGCGUGGGAGUCGCCUACAACUCCAAGGUGGCAGGUAUCAGGAUGUUGGACCAGCCCUUUAUGACUGACAUCAUUGAGGCGUCAUCAAUCAGCCACAUGCCCCAGGUGAUUGACAUCUACAGCGCCAGCUGGGGACCGACCGAUGACGGGAAGACGGUGGACGGACCCCGAGAGCUCACGCUGCAGGCUAUGGCUGACGGAGUUAACAAGGGGCGCGGAGGAAAAGGCAGCAUCUAUGUGUGGGCAUCGGGAGAUGGUGGUAGCUAUGACGACUGCAACUGUGACGGUUAUGCCUCCAGCAUGUGGACAAUCUCCAUCAACUCGGCCAUCAAUGACGGACGCACCGCCCUGUACGAUGAGAGCUGCUCCUCCACCCUGGCAUCCACGUUCAGCAACGGACGCAAGAGGAACCCAGAGGCCGGCGUUGCCACCACAGACCUGUAUGGAAACUGCACGCUGCGUCACUCCGGGACAUCAGCAGCAGCUCCAGAGGCCGCCGGUGUCUUUGCUCUGGCUAUUGAGGCGAACCCUGACCUGACAUGGAGAGACAUGCAGCACCUGUCAGUCCUGACCUCCAAGAGGAACCAGCUCCAUGACGAGGUCCACCAGUGGAGGAGGAACGGCGUCGGUCUGGAGUUCAACCACCUGUUUGGCUACGGUGUUCUGGACGCUGGGGGCAUGGUGAAAAUGUCCAAGGAAUGGAAGACUGUGCCUGAGCGUUUCCACUGUAUAGCCGGAUCCAUUCAGGAUGUCCAUAAAGUCCAGUCUGGCAACAAAGUGUUGCUGACCAUCAACACCGACGCCUGUCAGGGGAAGGACAACUUUGUCCGCUACCUGGAGCACGUUCAAGCGGUGGUCACGGUCAACGCCACCCGCCGCGGCGACCUCACCAUCAACAUGACCUCCCCCAUGGCCACAAAGUCUCUCCUGCUGAGCAGAAGGCCCCGUGACGACGACGCCAAGGUGGGCUUCGACAAAUGGCCCUUCAUGACCUCCCACACCUGGGGCGAGGACCCCCGCGGGACCUGGGUCAUGGAGGUGGGCUUUCAGGGCGAUGAACCCCAGCGCGGAGCCCUGAAGGAGUGGACUCUCAUGCUGCACGGAACACAAAGUGCCCCUUACAUAGACCAGAUAGUACGUGAUUAUCAGUCCAAACUCGCUAUGUCCAAAAAGGAGGAGCUGGAGGAGGAGCUGGAUGAGGCUGUAGAGAGAAGUCUGAAGAGCUUGCUGAGUAAAAACAACUGAAUUCCCGUCUGCAUGUUGCCAAAUUUAUCAAUUUCUCUUAUUCUUAUCCCUCUCUGCAAUCUCGCUCGGUCCUUCUCCAAGUCUCCUUAGUUCUCCCGCUCUUCAUCUCCCCCCCCCGUACUCUACCUCUCUCCCCCUCCUCAAUCUGCUUUUUGUUAUCAAGUGUUUCAAUUAGCCCCCAACUUUUAAUGAAUGUUUCAUGUAAUCCAAUCAUGAUAAAAGUGUUAUUAAACUGUUCUAGAGAAAGCAAACCAUAUCACCUGGAUUUUUACACUCUACAGAAUUGUACAUAGACCAAAUAAUAACCACUCUUUAAUGCUCUUGCUUUAACUGCCCUGCACCUCUCCUCUGCCAACUGUUGUACAGUUUGUGACUGUAAAUGAUUUUCUGUGUCAUUCUACUUAAAGUUUAAUAUCUUGCAAACAGA